AUGAGUUCCGUUUAUAAACUGUCAAUUCAAGGUAUCAGAUCCUUUGAUUCAAAUGAUCGCGAAACGAUUGAAUUUGGAACACCUUUAACCCUUAUUGUAGGGAUGAAUGGGUCUGGUAAGACCACUAUUAUUGAAUGUUUGAAAUAUGCAACAACGGGAGAUUUACCACCAAAUAGUAAAGGUGGUGUCUUUAUUCAUGAUCCAAAGAUUACUGGUGAAAAAGAUAUUAGAGCUCAAGUGAAAUUAGCAUUUACUAGUGCUAAUGGUUUAAAUAUGAUUGUAACGAGAAAUAUCCAAUUAUUAGUUAAACGGACCACGAAUACGUUUAAAACUUUAGAAGGUCAAUUGGUUGCAAUUAAUAAGAUGGGUGAACGUACUACAUUAAGUACAAGAUCGGUUGAAUUAGAUACUCAAGUUCCAUUAUAUAUGGGUGUACCGAAAGCUAUCUUAGAGUAUGUUAUAUUUUGUCAUCAAGAAGAUAGUUUAUGGCCAUUAAGUGAACCUUCCAACCUUAAAAAGAAAUUUGAUGAAAUCUUCCAAGCAAUGAAAUUUACUAAAGCGUUAGAUAAUCUGAAAACUAUUAAAAAAGAUAUGGCUGUUGAUAUUAAAUUAUUGAAACAAUCCGUAGAGCAUAUGAAACUUGAUAGAGAUAGAUCAAAGGCUACAAAGAUUAAUAUUUACCAAUUAGAGGCUAAAAUUGGUGAAUUUCAAGAAGAAGUUAAUGGGAUUGAGAAAGAAUUAGAUAUAUUGACAGAAAAAUCAGAUAAAUUAUUCAAAUCAAAUCAAGAUUUUCAAGAAGUUUUAUCAAAAGUAGAUAAUUUGAAAACUUUAAAAUCUAUAACCGAAAAUGAUAUUAAUAGAAUUAGACAAUCAGUAGAAAUUAUUGAUCUCCCAACUUCAGAGAUUGAAAAUCUACUAGAGAAUUUUUCAAAUACAAUAAAUGAAAAGGAAAUUGAGAUAAAGGCAAUUGAAAAAAUUAUUCAAACUUCUAAAGAUAAAGCAACCUAUCUCCAAGUAUCGUGUAAUGAGUUGCUUGCACAUCAAGGUGUGUUAAAGGCUCAGGAAGAUACUUACCAUAAAAACUUGGAUAGUAUUAAGACUUUAAAGACAGCUGUAGCAAAUACAUACCAUAUGGGUAACUCCGAAGCUAAUUUAGAUAAUUUUAUGUCAAAUUUAAAAGAACAUAAGACAAAUUUAACAAAUGACUUCGAAUCAUUCUCUCAGGAGAUAAAUAAAGAGGUUAAUCAUCUUGAGACCGAGUUAAAUGAUGUAACAUAUAGAAACACAGUUUUACAACAAAAAAUUGAUUAUAAUUUAUCGGACAAAAUAAAAUUAGAAACCAGAAUAUCUGACCUUACCAAGGAAGUCAAGACUAUACAAUACAGCUCAGACGAUCUUUUGAAGGAAAAGGAUACCCUAGAUAGGUUAAAUUCUGAAAUAGUAUCUUUAGAAAAAGAAAAUGUUAUUGAAGCUAUUGCUACUCAAAUAAAAGAAAAGAAUGAGAAAAUACUGGUACUCGAAAGAGAAUUUGAAGUUAUUCAGGAUAAGUUAACCAAAACAAGUGAACAAUCAGAGCUAUUUGCCAAAUUGGGACUUGCAAAGGAGUCUUUAAAAGAAAAACAAAUGGUAUAUGAUGCAGUUGCAGAAAAAUUAAAUAUUGAUGAAACUUUUCAGGAAUGGGGUUUAGCAGUUAACGAGGACCUUGAUCUUGAUUUCAAAAAGGUUUUCAUUGAAUUACAAAAGAAGGUAGCUGUUUCAAAUAAAGACUUCCAUGAGAAAGAUAAAGCCUUUAAUGAAUCUACAUACCAACAGAGUAACUUACUAAAAGAAAUUGAUAACAACAAGCAAUCAAUUAAAAAUCUAACACGACAGAUAGAAGAAUCAUUGCCAGAGAAUUGUUUAAUUGAUGAUUACGAUGAAAUAGUCGAGGAAUCAGAAUUGUCUUAUAAAACUGCGCUUGAAAAUUUGAAAAUGCACCAGACGACACUGGAAUUUAAUAGGAAGGCCCUUGAAGUGGCUAAGGAGAAGGACAGUUGUUACUUAUGUAGUAGAAAGUUUGAAACAUCUGAAUUUAAGUCAAAAAUAUUGACAGAACUUAAACAAAAGACGGACGUAAAAUUUGAGGUAACUCUAAAAGAGAUCGUUAAAGAAGAAAAAUCUACCUUAGAAGAGUUAAGAGGUUUAGAAAAAUUUGUAGUUCAAUUAAAAUCACUGAAGCAAGCUAACUUAACUGCUUCAACUAAAUUAGAAGAAAUUGAAAAAAAAGUUUCUGAAUUAGGGGAAGGUAAACAUAAAGCAGAAGAAAAUUGUACUAAGCUAAAAAAUGACAAAGAACAUGCAGAAAGUGUCCACCGUCCAUUGGUGGAAAAGUUUAUGACUACCAAGCAAGAUAUUACCCGUUUGACUAAAGAAUCGGAUUUACUAACUAAUAAACUGGAGGCAUACAGGAAUUCGGAUGGCUCAGUACAAUCAGUAAGUGAAUUGCAAGAGGAGCAACGUAAAAGCAAUAAUGAAAUGAGACAAUUGAGAAUGGAUAUAGCCAAUUUACAGGAUUCUCGGGAAAGAAGAAAUAAGGAGCAUAGUUCAUUGGUGAAUAAUAUAAGGGAAAAAUCCUCUUUUAUAGAUGAGAUUGAAAGAACAUUAACAAGGUCCAAUACUUUAGCCGCCGAAAUUAAGAUUAAUAAAGAAAAGUUAAUAAAUUUGGAAGAAGACAUUACUCGGUUGAAAGUUGAAUCACAAAAAAUUCAAGAAAAAAAAUCGAAGGAUAGACAAAUUCUUGACGAAAAGAGAAAAGCUUUUAAUGAAGAUCUUGGCUCUAAAAGAUCUCACCUUUCAAAGUUUGAAGCUGAUAUAAAUAGGUUUUCGGAGUUACUAAAUGCAAUUGCAGAAUAUGAAAAGGAUGGAAUUAAUGCUUUACCGGAAUGUAUAAAAAAAUAUAAGGAUACAAAUUCUGAACUAACUUUAAUAAGGACUGACAUUGAAGAAACCUACAAUAUGUUGAAUAUUAAGAAACAAAAAAUCAAGGAUUCCAAUAGUGAACAGAGAAACAUGAGAGAUAAUAUUGAGCUUCUUAAAAUGGAGACAAAAUUGGAAGAUAUUAAUUCUCAAAUUGAACAAUUAGAUGUUCAAAAUGCUGAAUCAGAAAGAGAAAGUUACCAAAGAGAAAGUUCCCGAUUAAGAAACGAAUAUGAAAAACUCACUUCUGAGAAUGCCGGAAAACUGGGUGAGAUAAAACAAUUACAAAACCAAGUUGAAUCUUUAAAACGUCAAUUACGUUCAGAUUACAAAGAUAUCGAUGAGAAGUAUCGUAAGGAGUGGGUCGAAUUACAAACUCGAACAUUUGUUACAGAUGAUAUUGAUACAUAUUCAAAAACAUUGGAUAAUGCAAUUAUGAGGUACCAUGGAUUAAAAAUGGAGGAUAUAAAUAGGAUUAUAGAUGAGUUAUGGAAACGGACUUACAGUGGAACUGAUAUAGACACUAUUAAAAUCAGGUCUGAUGAAGUUACUAAUACUACUAGAGGUAAGAGUUACAAUUAUCGUGUCGUAAUGUAUAAACAAGAUGCAGAAUUAGAUAUGAGAGGACGAUGUUCUGCAGGUCAAAAGGUCUUGGCCUCUAUUAUUAUUCGUUUAGCUUUGUCUGAAACAUUUGGUAUCAACUGUGGUGUGAUUGCAUUAGACGAACCAACAACUAAUCUUGAUGAAGAAAAUAUAGAGAGUUUAGCUAAAUCAUUAUCCAAUAUUAUUCAAUUUAGAAGACAUCAAAAGAAUUUCCAAUUGAUUGUUAUCACUCAUGAUGAAAAAUUCUUGAAUCAUAUGAAUGCUUCAGAUUUUACUGAUCAUUUCUUUAAAGUGAAGAGAGAUGAUAGACAAAAAUCUCAAAUUGAAUGGGUUGAUAUCAAUAAGGUUACGGAAUAUUAA